AAUUUAUUGGACCUAAUGAAGAACAGUUGAAUGGUAAAGGUAAUGAGAGAUCAAAAUGUUGUUUACAUGACCUUAGAUAUAAACAUAAACUUCAAAAUCAACAAAACUGAUCACUUUAUCAAAGUUGAAAAUGAAUCCCAAACAUUUCGUUGUUAUUGAUUUUCGUUAUGCACAGGAAUGUAAUGCUGGACAUAUUUAUAGUGCUAUUUGGUUCUCAGAUUGGCGAAAACUUUAUUAAUAUUUUUUUGGUAUAUUACAACAAUCUAUUGAAUCUACUGAAAUGGAUUUAAGUAACUCAUUAUAUUCAACGGAACAACCGAAUAAACCAAAACCAUCUCAAACUCUAUUUAUAUUAUAUUGUGAAUUUUCUACAAAUCGUGCAUCACAAUUAUUUUAUCGUUUACGUAAUCAUGACAGUAUUACAUUUCACUUCAUAUCCUGCAUUAAAAUAUCAAUUUGUUUAUAUAUUACAUGGUGAUUAUUCAACUUUUUAUAAAAAGUACCCAUAUUUAUGUGAACCAGAUCUUUUAAGUAUUUGGCAUAAACAUUGUAAACUGGUUAAUAGACAAUCGAUGAAUUCUCAUUCACAAGUAUAUCCUGAUAAAAAUCAUAAUGAAAUGUUAAACACACACGCGCACAUCAAUCAAUCAACGAAUCGACACAUUAAAGUACCAUUCAAAAGUAUUUCCAAUCACUUUCACAAGAAGAAAAAAUAGAAGAAAAAGAUUUAUUUCAUUGAACCAAAACUUAUUAACUUAUUUAUGUCCGUUACCCCUUAUGGAAGAGUAUAAGUCACCCAGCAACAUUCUCAAUCCAACCUUGUCUUGAUGAAUCCUUUCCAGUUCUUUUCAAUUGUUAUUCUUUUCUUUUCAUGUCUGUUUCCAAGUUCCGACAUAGUGUAUUCUUCGACCGUCUUCUUCUUCUUCUUCUUCUUCUUCUUCUUCUUCUUGUAUGUUUCCCUUCACGAUUCCAUGUUAUCGCUUGUCUCAUGAUGUAGUUCGAUUCCAGUUCAAUACUAUUUACUUGUUACUUAUUUAUUUCACAAUUAUUUUCAUCUCAUUUCUUCUAUUCAUAAUGAUUAAUAUAAGUAAUAUCGAUUCAAUUCAUUUUGAUCGAAAAGUUUUCUCUCAAACGGAAUUCAUUAACAUUGCAACCUAUUCAACAUUGAAUAUGUUUCUUUUAAUUCAAUCAUUAUUAAUGUCUUUGUUUAAAUAUAUUUUUCUUUUAUUUUCA